AAGAGUUUUAGCUUGUCGGCUGAUUGGAGCCUAUGGUAUGGAAAGCAAAGAGAUUUUUUGUCAUACAGAUAUUUUCCCACGCUCUGAAGUUCCCUAUCCCUGCACAGACAACGUGUCAAGUGUUUGUGGGUUUUUUUUUUGCAAUGUUUUGUUUAAUCCUGUAUUUUAAACCUGGUUAACAAACAGUACCUUUCCUAAUUGCACUCAGCACUUUUUAAAAGUGCAGUAUUGCAGUUUGCACUGUGGCGUUUUGAUAAAUCUUAUGAUGGAAGGUCUAAUUGACCACUUGUAUGUUUUAACAAUGUGGUGUUGCCACUUUUAACCGUGCAGUCCAAUAAAAACGUUCUCAUUGCUUUUAUAUGUAUCUUUAACUCGUGUUUUCUUCUCUUGGUGACAUUGUUUCCCGUAUUUUAAUUAUGUAUCCGAAUAAAAAUAGCCUCAUCAUUUAUCAAAUAUUAUUGCACUGAACUGACGUAGUCGCGCUACAUGUUAAAAAUAUAACCCUGUGUUUUGUGGCCACUCUGACUGAGCGGAUGUUACGGAAGGGCAGGAAGGCAGUGGCCGAAGCCAGUUACCUAGUCAAUUUGCGUUAUUGACCAACUUGCUAUCUGUUCCAUGUUUGCCCGCUGUUUUUGUAUCAAAAUCCGUUUUGGGCCGGUAUAAAUACAUAUGUUUGACAUAGGGGUUCCCGCUCUGUGAGAAUCAGCUUUGAAAUAAGUGGCCCACAGCAAUUUUAACCACCGAAAUACCCCAGUUACUUAUUCAAUUCGUGUUACAUUUGCUAUAUGCGAAUAAGAAGCUGGAAUGCAAAUAAGAGGCAGGCGAAUAAAUACCAUUGCUGAAAGAAACCCCUUUUAUGUGCUGCAAGAAGAAAGGCUUGAGCAAGCAGAAAGAUCAGUUCUUAUUAACUGUCCCCCAAAAACCAAUGAGAAAAAGUUUCUCAAACAUUUGUCAAGCCAUGGAGAAAUCAAUACCUGCUUCUUCUAUGAAAGCUUUGGUACUUAUGCUUUGGUGGAGUUUUCAAAGAAAGAAAGUAUAGCAUCUCUUCAAGAGUGGACCAUCAUCCCAAGCAUUCAGCAUGAAGCUACUGUGCCAUUCAAGUCUAGACUUGUCUCUUUAAAACUGAACAAUCCAGGUGACCUAUCAAGUGUCCCUUCAUCUAUUCAGUGCCUAAGACAAUCUGCCAUUCCUAUCAAUGAACUUGUUCAGAGGCUUUCAGGCGCUGACACGAUAGAUCAACAGCUGUAUACCCUAACUGAAACAUACCAGUUGACUGAAGACAAUGUUCGCCUCCGUUUCUUGGUGUGUUCCUUACUGAAAGACAUUGCAGCUGCCUAUUUUCCUGAAUGCACUGUGAAGCUAUUUGGCUCAUCAGUAAACGGCUUUGGGAAGCUAGGUUGUGACUUGGAUAUGUUUCUAGACUUGGAUGGUAUCAGUGGAAGGAAAUCAAAAAAGACAGCAGGUCCCUUUACCCUGGAAUACCAGAUGAAGAGAGUGUCUUCAGAGAGGGCAGCCACUCAGAAAAUCCUGUCUGUGAUCGGGGAAUGCAUCGACCAGUUUGGCCCGGGCUGCGUGGGAGUGCAGAAGAUCCUGAACGCACGCUGCCCUCUGGUGCGAUUCGCUCAUCAGCCCUCUGGAUUCCAAUGUGACCUCACUGCCAAUAACAGAAUAGCCAUUAAGAGCUCGGAGCUGCUGUACCUGUACGGCUCCCUGGACGCGCGGGUGAGGGCGCUGGUGUUCACAGUGCGGUGCUGGGCUCGUGCUCACGCCAUCACCAGCAGCAUUCCGGGAGCCUGGAUCACUAACUUCUCCCUCGCCAUGAUGGUCAUCUUCUUUCUGCAGAAGAGGGACCCUCCCAUCAUCCCGACCUUAGACCAGCUUAAAGGCCUAGCAGGUCCCACUGAUAAACAACUUAUUGAAGGACAUGACUGUACAUUUGUUAGCAACAUCAACAGAAUUAAUACUACGGAGAACACAGAGACACUAGAACAACUUUUGAAGGAAUUCUUUGAAUUUUAUGGAAACUUUUCCUUCAGUAAAAUGUCUAUCAACAUUAGAAAGGGUAAGGAGCAGAGCAAGCCCGACGUCUCCCCUUUGCACAUACAGAACCCGUUUGAGCAGCCCCUCAAUGUGAGUAAGAACGUGAACCAGACACAGCUGGAGAGGUUUGUGUCGCUGGCCAGGGACAGCGCCUGGAUUCUACAGCAAGACGGAAUGAGCCAUCCGCUAGGGGCAGGAGCUCAGCCCUGGGGACUGGCUGCUCUGCUGCUCCCCUCUGCCUCACAGACUGGAGGCAAGGGCAAGAAGAGGAGGAAGAGGGAGCCUGCCAGCGAGAGGAUAAAGAGCCUGCUGGAGUCACUGAAGAACAACAAACCCAACAGCGCCAAUGGCAAUGGAAGGAGGAACUUUUCUACCCAGUCCCACUAGCAGGGGUCCUGCUUAGAAACGUUGCUGUGCAUCUCAUGCUGAUAGGACAGCAGUGCUGAAUCCCAGUCCGCCACUGGACUGCAGUCACGCAGCUCGCAGGCCUGGCUUGUUUCAGGAAGUCAGAGACAGUUCUGCAUCUACACAGGAUACAAUUAAUACAGAGCAGGUUUCUUAAGUAGUCUGCAUUUUUUAUUUCUAAUAAAGGAAAAACAAUUGUUUACAUUUGUUUAAAGACUAAACAAACAAAAAAAAAUA